AUGGGUCUCCCCGCUUUCUCAGAGCCCGCAACAACCACUUCUCCUCAAUCCCCGCAACAAGAACAGAAUCAAAGUACUGGCGUUGCUACCGGUGCCGGCGCAAACACUGGUGCCGGCGUGACAAGGCCCAAGACUGAAGAGGAGAAAGAGGCCGAUCGACUUUAUGACGAGGCCAUGGAGGAGGAGUAUGCUAAGCGUGAUGGAGGUGCCUAA